AUGGGGGCUAGAAUUGGACGUUCGCCCUGUUUAGAGAACAAGAAACGACGUUUUCAAAUUUUUGAAGAGUCCGAUCUGAACACAACCCGGUUUUCCACGCAAACGAAUUUUUUUUACUUGCAAUCCUCUCUUGCUCUCACGAGUUUCCAUCACCGUUUAAGAUUUGGUGCCAACAAUCUUGUAAGUCAUUUUCAUCUUCAAUUUUGGAUCCAAUUUUAGAUCAUAGAUUCUAAUAUUAAUUUAGGUUAGAUUCAACGGGUAGACUUGAAUCUGAUGAGUAAGAAUGGAAUCAAAUUCCAAGAGUUUGAGCCUAGCUCCAGCUCUGAAUCUCUUUCCAAACCUGAAACCUCCUCACAAAACCCUACUCUUCCACAAAAUAUGUGUUCUUAUUAUCACAUUUCUUGCAUAUGCUUCCUUUCAUGCAUCUAGGAAGCCUCCUAGUAUUGUUAAAAGUGUUCUGGGACCCACAGUUCCAACCAAUUCAACCCUUGAUUCGGGUUGGCCGCCUUUUAAUGGAACUCGAGGAACUCACCGGCUUGGCGAGGUUGAUCUCGCAUUUCUUACUUCUUACUCCAUUGGCAUGUAUUUGGCUGGUCAUGUUGGUGAUAGGAUUGAUUUGAGGUUGUUCCUUGUGUUUGGGAUGAUUGGUAGUGGUUUUUGUACUAUACUUUUUGGGUUAGGAUACUGGUUUGAUGUUCAUGUGUUAGGGUUUUUUGUCGGUGUUCAGAUUGUUUGUGGAGUGUUUCAGUCAAUUGGGUGGCCUUGUGUUGUUGCAGUUGUUGGGAAUUGGCUUGGGGAAUCAAAGAGGGGAUUGAUCAUGGGGAUAUGGAAUUCGCAUACCUCGGUUGGGAAUAUCAUUGGUUCAGUUAUUGCUUCGGGAGUUUUGGAAUUUGGAUGGGGUUGGUCGUUUGUGGUGCCUGGAGUUUUGAUCAUUUUCGUUGGGGUUUUGGUGUUUCUGUUUCUUGUUGCGAAUCCGGUGGAUAUAGGGUUUGCGAGUCCUGGAAUUGAAAUUGAAAUGAGUGUUGAAACGGACAGUGCAGAGGAUCUGCAGAAAGUCGAAUCAGAGGAAGCAAAGCUCAUUGAUCCUGAUAGUUCGAUUUCAAAUUCCUCGUCUGCUAUUGGAUUUUUGGAGGCGUGGAAAAUACCUGGAGUAGCUCCGUUUGCUUUUUGUCUCUUUUUCUCAAAAUUUGUUGCUUACACUUUCUUGUAUUGGUUACCCUUCUACAUAAGGCACACAGCGGUUGCUGGUGUGAAUCUAUCUCACAAAACUGCUGGGUUACUUUCAACAAUAUUUGAUAUUGGAGGAGUCCUAGGCGGAAUCACCGCCGGUUUCAUUUCUGAUAUGAUUGAAGCUCGCGCUGUGACUUCAAUCCUGUUCUUGUUUCUAUCGAUUCCAGCUCUGCUUUUGUAUCGUGCUUUCGGGAGCAUCUCUAUGUUUACUAACAUCACCUUGAUGUUUCUUUCUGGAUUUUUGGUGAAUGGUCCGUACUCGCUAAUUACAACUGCUGUGGCUGCCGAUCUCGGUACCCAGGGCUUUAGUGGUGGGAAUUCUCGGGCACUGGCUACUGUUACUGCAAUCAUUGAUGGUACUGGUUCUGUUGGAGCUGCUCUUGGACCACUUUUAGCAGGUUAUGUUUCAACUAGGGGAUGGAACAGUGUAUUUUUAAUGCUCGUUUCGUCUAUUUUCUUUGCUGGUUUAUUCUUGAUUCAAGUUGCAAGGACUGAGAUAAGAGAGAAGCUUUCAGGAAAGUGAUUUUGAAUAUUUUAGAAACACAGAUUUGAUUAUAGUCUAGGCUCUUCAUUGAUGUUAUACAUUUUUUGUAAAGUAUAUAGCUAUUAGUUAUUGAUGAAGAAAUUUUUGGAAUGCUUCAUUAAUGUUUGUAAUUUUGUAUCAUGUACUCAUUCUUUAUUCGCUUACUCUUGAUAAAAAUGUCUACGGUGAGAUAAUUCAACA